UUCAUGAUGGAAGGAAGCAUGGACAUUUUCCUUUUACAACGGCGCUUAUAUUAUUCAGACAUUAAUGUCACGUUGUGAACAGAGUGAGUCUUUGAACACGUAGUGGAUUCAUGGAUUGUUUUAUUAAAUUGUCGUUGGUGUUGGGUUAUAGUUUCAGCUACUUUACCUACGAGAAACAGCAAUAAAUAGUUCAAUCUAUAAUUGAAAAUUGGUACUCCUGAAUUAUGUGAACCAAGAUGGCGGACACCGGAACGUAGUAUGUGUACCAGAUUAGAGUUAGGCCAGGCUAUUCAUGAAAAAGUAUGUUCUUGUUGAAAAAAGACAUCAAUUUCGAUGCAAUCUUUAAAUAAAGUCUAAAACCUCCUAUUAAUUGUAUGAUCAGUGCUACAUCGACCAAUUUUAUCUGCGGUCAUGUUUAUAUUAACAAACUGAUAACUUCUCUAACGUGUGUCUAGAAUAUUUCAGUCCUGAUUCUAUUGAAGUAAUAUUAAAUAAAAAAUUAGUUUGCAGAGCAGAAUCGUCGCAUUUUUCAGUUACAAGCAAGAUUUUGAAACAUUUAGCUAUAUUAGGUAGUUGAAUCAUCUAUAGAUUCUAGAAGGCUAUUAAUCAAGAUGUCAGAAACGACUGAAUUCAGAAAUAUGCCUGGGCCAUGGGGAUGGCCAUUGUUUGGAUCUGCUCUACAGCUUAAACCGUUUGCUGAAAAAACUUUGCUGAAUUGGGCAAAUCAACAUUAUGGAAAUAUUUUUCGAUACAAAAUAUUCAACCAAGAUUGGGUUGUUCUGAAUGGGUACGAUGCAAUAAAAGAAGGAUUGUUAACAAAUAAAAGUGAGAUGUCUGGUCGUAUUACCGGUCCAUUAUUCGAAGCCAUACGAGAUAAUCGAGGACUAUUCUUCAUUCAGUAUGGAGAUUCAUGGAAAAAGUGGAAACCAUUUGUGGUCAAAUCGGUAGCAUCAGUAAUGUCAGAGCUUCCCAAAAUAAUUUGUGACCAAGCAGAUAAAUUUCUGUCUGAAGAUUUGAAAGAUUUUAUUGAGAACGGAGAGUCUGUUGCAUUGGGAGAUUACUUACAGUAUCGUAUGGACCAGGUUGCUUUUCUUAGUUGUAUGAACAAAGAAUUUCCGUCGAAUAGGAGAAUGGAAUUGCAAAAGCUUGUGUCCGACAUAAACGCACCACGAUUUAAAAGCAAAUUCCCUAUAUUAUUCUUCACACCGUCACUGUCGUAUUUCCCCCCAUUUUCAUGGUUUUUGGCUGAUGAAAGCGCCAGCCGAUCAAAAUUGGUAAAGAGGAUAAUUGCUCUGAUAGAAGAACAUCGACUAGAGAAACAGUCUCACAUGAAAGACUUGACUUGUUCUUUUUUCGAAGAAAACCCUGAACCCGAUCAAUACGAUUUGGAAUCACUUGCUCUCAUCUUUAUGGACAUGAUAUCAGCCGGUUCAAUACCCGUAUCAAACCAGUUGAUGUGGGUCAUUAUAUUUCUUUUGAAACAUCGAGAUAUGAUGGAAGAAGUUCAACAAGAACUUGAAGAAGGCAUGAAAGGUUAUGGGUCUAUAUGGGAUCUUUACAAAUGUCAGGAAAAAGUACCAUUAUUGAAAGCAGUUAUACAGGAAGCUAUGAGGUUGCGUCCAAUAGCACCAGGCGCUCUGUUCCACAAAACCAUUUCUGAUACUGUAGUUGGUGGAUACAAGAUACCAAAAGGUGUUGUCAUUUAUCCAAAUUUGUGGAGUGUUCAUCACGACCCAAAGUACUGGGGGCCGGACGUCGAAGCUUUUCGGCCAGACAGGCAUUUGGAUAAGAACGGGAAAUUUGUGAAAUCGGAUCACGUGAUUCCAUUCUCAAUUGGAGACCGUAAAUGCGCGGGAAAACUAAUUGCUGAAGCUGAUAUCUUUGUCUUUUUAGCUACAAUUGUACUACGGUAUGAUGUGUCGUUAGACCCGGCGUAUGAAGAUGUAGACAUGUCUGGCAUAUCAUCAUCUAUACUGAAGCCUCCCGAUUACAAAGUUAUUCUCGCUCGUCGUCAAACGAAACAAAAGCUCUGACAAUUUGUAAACAUAGCUAAAGAAAAUAGUAUUUGAUCCAAGUUAUCUUUACUCCUUUAUAAUGCUUUUUCCUUUACAUCAAAUGUUAAUCAAUAGUAUGAAAAAAUAUAAUAAAUUUGCAAGAAAAUCUGCACCUGACACAAAAUUUUUAAAAAGUGUUUGUUAUGAAUAUAAACUUUAAUACAGGGGUUCCCAAACGUUAUUCGUCACGGGCCAAAAUUUGAAUCGGAGAGAUGUUCGCGGGCCGGAAGAGUGUAGCGCCCGAAAGUGCGCGACGGUUUAGUAAGGGUUCAGUGGAUUCACCACUGCUGCCAUUUAUCUGAAAAAAUCCGUUUUCGGAGUCUAGUUUUCGUUUUGACAUCUUAAGCGUAUAUGGUUCAUAACUAAAUUAGUGCCCUAUGCAAUCCUAAUACCGGUACGUAGAAUUGAGAUACCGUUUUAAUUGAAUUGCUACGAUAAACACUUGCCUAAACUAUGAUAAUGGCGUCACACUUGGCGCUAUCUAGAAUGCAAAAAGGUAGAAACAAAAUCUGUUGCACACUAUUUCACUUAAGCUCGGCGUGCCAUUUUAAAUCGUUUCGCGGGCCCGAUUUGGCCCGUUAUCCGCGGUUUGGGAACCCCUGCUUUAAUAGAUAACUUUAUUCGAUAAUUAAUGCAUUCAUAAUAUUAGUCAGAGAUAAUAUAUAGAUUUAUAUCUAUCGAGAUAUCUAUAUUUGGUAACAUUGCUUGAUCUAUCGUUGUUAUUAUUGAAAUAUAAAUUGUUGAUACUUGACUAUUAAAAUUUACGUAUACCUAAAUCAAAGUUCUAUUCAUGGGUAAAUGAGAAUCAAAUUGCCGAGUUCGUUUGAACUAAUUUCUGUAAACUCAUAGUUAUCCGGUUGUCUGUCUCACAUACCACAUAACUUUACCCUCUUAAUCUUUGCGGUUGUUUGACACCAUACUUUCGGAUUUUUCAGGGAAUAGCUCAUACGCAUGUUUUGUAAGCAUGUGCCAGUGACGAGAAUAAAGGUGCUUAAACUGAGCAUUCCCCCUUUUCAGUUCAUUUUCAGAGAUUUUAAUUUAUGAGUCAAUUAAGCCAACGUGUAAAAUUUGUCGUCGAAUUAUUGGAAAUAAAGUUGCACAAUUCAUUUUGUUCACCAUGAUAAGAUAGCUAUCAUAUUUAUUCGAACAUAAUUAUCAAGUAAUAACCAAAAAAAUGAACAUAAAAUAUAAUAAGUGAAUGUUAAU